AUGGGUGGCUUCCGAGUCCUCAGCGACAGGGCUGUGCAUGAUAUUCUGAUCGACCUACCCAGGUCAGACAUACUCGCGUUCCGCGAUGUACUGGCGCAGUGCCUGGUCGACUUCUCCACCGGCUCGGAGCGAAAGCACCAGCCCGCCCCCGGCAUCGUGAACCGCCCUGAGGGCCAGCGGUGCCUGUUCCGGCCCUUCACCUCGGCUACCAGUGUCGGGACCAAGCUGAUUGUUACCCCCUCGCCCUCGUCCCCAGCAGCCGGCGGCCUGCACGGCAUGUUGGCCCUGUGCGACCAGGACGGGCUGCCAGCCGGCGUGCUAAACGCAGAGGAGCUCACUGGCUACCGCACCUCCUUCAGCGCGCUGAUCCCGUGGCUGUGGCGCCGCCGCACUGAUGACAUGGUCGUCUUCGGCGCCGGCAGGCAGGCUCUGUGGCACCUCCGACUCGCCUUGGCCCUCAGGGGUGACGAGAUCCGUCGGAUCAGCGUGGUGAACCGCACCGCCGCCCGUGCCAGGCAGCUGAUCGAGACCAUCACCAGGGAGAACCAGGCCCGCUGGAAGUCGGCCGCCACCCUCGAGUACGUGGACCCUGCCCGGGAGGACUACGAAUCCUGGCUAGAAAGCCACCUGGCCGUGGCAGAUGCCGUCUUUUGCACGGUGGGCACGACGGCGCCCUUGUUCCCGGCCAGGUAUAUAACGGGGGAGCCGAGGGAGCGCCAGCCCUACAUUUCAGCCGUCGGCUCCUGGCAGCCCAACAUGAUAGAGCUGGAUCCUGCUCUGCUGCAGCACGUGGCUGGCCACGCCCACCACGGCUUCAAGUGGGCCGAGGGUUCCCAAGGCGGCACGGUGCUCGUGGACGAUCGCGAAGGCACCCUGCACCACGCCGGCGAGGUAGUCGAGAGCAAGCUGGGGGCUGAGAGCCUGGCCGAGCUCGGCGAGGUCGAGGAGCUGCGGAGGCGGGCGGACAACCCAGAGCUCUUGCACUGGCUUCAGGACGGGCUCCUGGUUUAUAAGAGCAUCGGGGUCGGUAUGACGGACCUUGCAGCCGGAAACGCCAUCUUGGGGCUGGCCGAGAAGAGGGAUAUCGGGAUCAUGAUUCCUGAGUUUUAG